UCUGGGCCUGAUCCCUCUGCCAAAAUCAUGCUCCAUCAGAUCCUCGGUCAGGCCAAGAAAUAUCCAAGCUUGAUCCUCCACUUUGUAUUUAUUGGAGCCGAAAGUACUGGGGCAGCGCUGUGUAUCUUGCACCUGGCAUUGUUCAAUCCAGAUGUCUGCUGGGACAGAAAGGAUAACCCAGAAUCCUGGAACAAACUGGGUCCCAAUGAUCAAUACAAGUUCUACUCAAUGAAUUUAGGUUACAGCAAACUGAAGAGAGAAGGUCCAGACUUCUUAAUGAAAUGUUUCACUGAACAGCUGCUUAGGAUGAAGGUCUUCCAGAGGCCAUCUGCACCAUUGUCCACUUAA